GUUCUUUCGGUUUAGUCAUAUGACUGUGGCAGUGAUGGAGGUAGGCUGUCAGCGUUAGGUGCGCGGUGGGAGCAGGGUGCCAGGCUAGAUGCCUUGCACGGGGAGUUAAUGUCACCAACUGCUGGCUUUUUUUCUACAUCAUGCCACCCACGCUUUUCCAGAAGCUCUUCAACAAGCGAAACGGGCAGCUCUCUCUCAGCAGAGACCCAAGGGACGAUUAUGUCUUCAGUUGGCCUUCCCAUGAAUUUGAUACAAGCCAAAUCCGCCUGAUUGUUUAUCAGGACUGUGAAAAACGAGGACGAAAUGUCUUGUUUGACUCCAGUUCCAAACGCAAGACAGAUGAUCUUUCGGUGUCGAAACUUGUAAGUGAUGCCCCGGUUAGGGUGUUCGGAAAAUGCUGUCAGCUUAGACCAGGAGGGGACAGCUCCACUUCUCUGGACAGCUCAUCAAAUUCUCUGGCUUCCGACAUGAAAGAGCAAUGUUCAAAACUCCAGCAGGGUUCUCGAUGCUCCUCUGAUGCCAACAUGCUUGGAGAGAUGAUGUUUGGAUCUGUGGCCAUGAGUUACAAGGGGUCAACUCUUAAAAUUCACCAGAUACGAUCACCUCCUCAGCUAAUGCUUAGCAAAGUAUUUACAGCACGGACUGGAAGCAGUAUCUAUGGAAGUCUUAACACACUGCAAGAUAGCUUGGAGUUCAUUAAUCACGACAACAACAUCUCGAAGCCAGACAACAGCACCAUCAUGAAUGGACUCUUUGGAAACAUAGGUCUGUCUCAGCUUUGCAGCCCCAGGCGGGCAUUCUCUGAGCAAGGCCCGCUCCGUCUGAUCCGGAGUGCCUCUUUCUUUGCAGUUCACAGUAACCCAAUGGAUAUGCCAGGACGGGGCAUCAAUGAUGACAGAGACAGUGGCAUAGCAAGAUCUGCCUCAUUGAGCAGCCUGCUUAUCACUCCGUUCCCCUCACCAAGUUCUUCACUCAACAGCAGCUGUGCCAGCAGCUACCAAAGGCGUUGGCGUCGUAGUCAGACAACAAGCUUGGAGAACGGAGUUUUUCCCAGAUGGUCUGUAGAAGAAAGCUUUAACAUGUCUGAUGAAGGAUGUGGGGCUAAUCUGGGAGUAGCCCGAAAGAAGAAAAUAGCCAUUGGAGUAAUUUUCUCCUUGUCAAAGGAAGAAGAUGAAAAUAACAAAUUCCAUGAGUUCUUCUUUUCUCACUUUCCACUCUUUGAGAGUCACAUGAACAAGCUAAAAAGUGCAAUAGAGCAGGCUAUGAAGAUGAGCCGCCGAUCAAAUGAUGCCAGCCAGAGAAGUUUAGCAUACAUUAAGAUUGUAGAUGCCCUAAAUGAAUUCCGGACAACAAUCUGUAACUUGUACACCAUGCCAAGGAUUUCUGAGCCUGUUUGGCUUACCAUGAUGUCUGGAGCACCAGAGAAAAAUAACCUCUGUCACCGCUUUAUGAAGGAGUUUGCCUUCCUUAUGGAAUACACAUCCAAGAGCCAGUUUCUUCCAGCUCUUCUUACCGCUGUUCUCACAAAUCACUUGGCUUGGGUCCCUACGGUUAUGCCCAAUGGACAACCACCCAUUAAAAUCUUCUUGGAGAAGCAUUCAUCACAAAGUGUGGACAUGCUGGCAAAGACUCACCCGUAUAACCCUCUCUGGGCACAACUGGGUGACCUAUACGGAGCAAUUGGAUCUCCUGUUCGGUCAGCACGAACAGUGGUCAUUGGCAAACGGCAAGACCUUGUACAACGGUUACUCUAUAUUCUUACCUAUUUUAUACGGUGUUCUGAACUCCAAGAGACACAUCUUCUGGAAAGUGGAGAAGAUGAGGCCAUUGUAAUGCCUGGGACAGUCAUCACCACUAUGCUUCAGAAAGGAGAGAUAGAGGAAUCUGACUAUGUACUCAUAACAAUGCACAAAAACAAGGGAUGUUUGCUAAACAGGGACGUGGAUGAAACACAGACAUGUGGAAAUACAUGCCAGUGUUGUCAUUGCCCACUUACGGAUACACAAAAUAGCAAAACUUCAGUACCAGAAAAUAUUGAUGUGCAAAGCACAUCUAAAGAAUUUACAGAAGCACUUUUAUCGGAAGAAAGUCAGAUGCCUCCUCUUGAACUUUGUCCCGAAGAAACACCGAUCACAGAACUGUACAAGAACAAGUCAAGAUCUUACUUGAACCCCAAAAUAGAGACAGUGGUUAGCACAGGGGCAGCUCCAGCUGAUAAAUAUGUAAUGUCUGUAGCAGGCAUUGCGCCAGGAGUAAAGGCAGAAAAGGGAGAGGGACUACUUGGUCUUGAAAGCUUGGCUGUCAAAGGAAUGAAAUGCAAUGAAACAUCUGUAGAAAAAAAGCCACCAGACAAGACCCCUUCAGCAUCGAUGCCUUGUGGUUCAGGCCAUCCUCUGAACAAGGUGACAUUUUUGAUUGGUGACUCCAUGUCACCUGACUCAGAUUUAGAGAUUAAAAGCCAAGCAGUAGUGAAUCAGAUUUCUAAGCACAAAUUGAACCCAGAGCAAGAACAGAAAAGGUUUCCUGUUGCACAACAAGGUGAAAUAAAACAAAGUAGCGAGGACCAAAGAAACAGUGAUGGGUCAAGUGAAAAACUUCAUAGAGUCACAAGCAAAUUUCAGAACUGGAACCUGUUCCAUACAGAAAACCUUAGCGUGUUUGAUGAAUAUUUUGAUGAGUCGAUUGAAGCACGGAUUAUCGAAGAUAUUCCACAAGAAGAUGUCAAAGACAGAUCAAAUAGUGACAGCAGUUUAGGAUUUUCUAAUGGACUGUGCACAAAUGAUAACACAAGUACUUGCAGUUUAAUUAAUUUUGCUCCACCAAAUCUCUGUAAAAACUGUUUUGCUGAGCAGGACCAAAGAGACAAAGUCUCUGCAUCUGUCCCCCAUGGGGAUAAACAGAGUUCUCAAGCUGCCGUGGGCACUGACUGGGACAUUCCACGGAACGAGAGUUCAGACAGUGCCUUGGGUGACAGUGAAAGUGAGGACACGGGCCAAGAGGUCCACAGACCAACCAUAAACUAUUAUGGGGCUGAGCAUGAAGAUUGGAUGGAGGAGGAAGAAGUUGCUUUUCCAGGGUCAAAACUGGUUGAAGUGAAUGCUGUGAAACCCAACAUUGCCAAUUUUGGGAGAUCAUUGUUAGCUGGCUACUGCUCAUCCUAUGUACCAGACUUUGUUCUGCAAGGGAUAGGGAGUGAGGACAAGCUAAGGCAGUGCCUGGUGUCGGAUUUGUCGCAUGCCGUACAGCAUCCAGUAUUGGAUGAGCCCAUUGCGGAGGCUGUCUGCAUUCUUGCAGACGUGGAUAAAUGGACAGUACAAGUGGCCAGUAGCCAGAGACGGACAACAGAUAACAAACUUGGCAAGGAGGUGCUGGUAUCCAGUCUUGUCUCCAGUUUACUUCAUUCCACUCUCCAGCUGUACAGACACAAUUUGUCUGCAAACUUUUGCAUCAUGCAUUUGGAAGAUCGGCUGCAGGAACUCUACUUUAAAAGCAAGAUGUUGUCAGAAUAUCUUAAAGGGCAGACCAGAGUACACGUCAAGGAGCUCAGUGAGGUUCUAGGAAUUGAAUCGAGUGAUCUUCCUUUGUUGGCUGCCGUUGCAAGCACCCACUCUCCAUAUGUUGCACAAAUUCUUCUGUAAAUGGAAUGGGGUAAAAAAAAAAAAAAAAAAGAAAAAUGUAAAAAGUGUACAUUGCAUUUAUGUAUCAAACCUCUACCGCCACUUUUCUGAAGCCAAGUAGUACACACUGUAUCUGCAAGAUUUCUAUCCCCCAUCGCAGAGAUUUUGAAAUAAGAUAAUCACAAAAGAAACAUCUACAAGUUGUCUUUGUAUGGAACUAAGAAGAUGAAAGAAGACUCCACAAAAAAAUAUACAUAUUACUUAGAUUUGUCGCACCAUCCCUUUUGAUCCUGGAGAAUUUGGAGAUCUUUUUUUGUCUUUUUGUUUUUUGUAAUUAGCAGUGUAUGGGGAAAAAUAACAAAUAUGUCAACG